AUGGCCGACAACUCGGGACGUCGCCGACAGAGAGGCGAGGCCAAGUCAGCUUGGCUCGACCGUCUGCGCAACACCAAUUCUGCCGCCGGCGACACGAACGAGUUCUUCCGGCUGAUGCAGGAUGCGAAAGAAUCCGAUGUUGCUGCAGUCGGCUUUCGUCACGCAAGCGUCGCGACCCAGAAGCGGCAGGACCGAAUCCUUGAGGACUACCGCUUCUUUGUUCGCCUUUUCAAGGAAAUUGCAGACGAUAUCACGGAGAAGGAGUUGGACGAGAUCUGCUUCCCAUCCCCCACUGAGGGUGAGCAGCCUGAGAACUUCAAUGGCCUGUGGCUUCUGCUCCGCCCAUACAUCUACUUCGUCGCCGAAGACAAGAUUCCUCGAUCCAACGCCCACACAAUCAUCUCAUACACGACACUUAUCCAGUAUCGUGAAGCCCUCCAAUUCUGGGUUCCUCGAAAGUACAAUGAACGAGGAAUCAAGCCGCCCAUGGGUCGACACGUCUUCAACAAGAUGACGGAGCUUUUACGCAAAUUGGCAGUUGAGAAGAAGCUCAUUCGAUUCAACUCUGGACCGGAUGGGAAAGUCAGUAUCGGUCUAGACGACAUUCGUCAGCUCAUCGACAUGGAUGUCAAGGAGACGGUGAGCAUUGAACUUUCGGAGCAGCACCAUUUCGCCCUCUGCCUCGCAAGAACUUGUGCCCUGCGUCCAGGAGCCUUGGGCCCUUCAGUCAACGACAAGGUCCAGACUGGCAGAGUCACGGAGGAACUGCCCUAUUUGGCAUGGAAAGACUGCAAUCUUCAACGUGGUUCGGAAAAGGGCAUGUGGACUCUUCAACUGACGAUUCGCAACCUCAAGACCAACAAGGAAAAGGACGCCGAAGGUGCGGUUCGGAACAAGACCAUGCACUUCCGCCUCAGUUCCCCGCAGCAGCAGUCCAAUUUGGCACUUUCAGUUCCGCAUCGUCUACUUGUCAUCGGCCUUCGACGCGGCGUCUUUGAAGGCUUGUCAACGAUCGACGAUCUAUUCGAUUCCGAGCUGAACCGAAUCUCCAUCAAGGACGAAUUCCGCGACAGGCCUGUGCUUCUUGCAGGAAAGCAGCGUGGUCUAGGACUCAGGGAUGACCACACUCCCCUACCGGCCAACUCUCUGACCAGGUGGAUUUCACUCCGCGGUGAACGAAUGGGAUGGCCUGGCCAGGUGACAUUCUACAGCAUUCGUCGCCUCAGUGCAGCGGCGUAUGUCAAGGCUCUUGGUGUAGAUAACGCGCGCAUUCUCAUGUCGCACGAGCCGGAUUCACGCACCCUUGAGCGCUUCUAUGUUGACCGUACAUCGAUCACGGACGUAUCAGCCAUUACCCUCGGUGAAGAGGUCGGCAGUGGUAAGGCCGAUGAGUUCAUGCAGCUCGAGAUGACUUCGGGGGUUACACUCGACAGGCUCCCUGCUGAGAAGAUCAUCGAAACGUACGGUCCUGAACUCAAUGCUCUCUUCCGGCAGUAUAUCCGCGCCGAUGAAAACUAUGCGAUGCUGAGCCGAAAGGAGAAGAAGAAUCGCGAUCGGGUGCUUCGUCGCAAGGCGUUCCUCGUCCUGCGCAGAGAGAUCGUUUCACUUUAUCGCAAGAAGCAGACAACAGCCGAACGAGCCAUGCGAAAGGAGGAGCUUCUAGGCAGGGCAACGCUGUUCAACAAGAAACUUGUCGAGGCUUAUGCCGAAGAGGAUGGCGACGACAACAGCGAAGACGUUGCCAAUUUGGGUAGCGUUGACUUCGAUUUGGAGUUUGAGCAGAGCACUGAGAAUGUCCAGGGGGGCGGCGCCGAGGUUGUGCAUGACGUCGAGGAGGACGCUGAAGACAUGGAAGGGGCUGUUCGUGACAGGGAGAUCACUGUGCCUGAGGAGCUUCAAUUCACCGACGCUGCCAUCAACUACGUCGAGGCAGCCGCCGCGAUCCCGUAUGAAGUCGCGGCCAAGCUCGCCAUGAGACUCAUGCUAUUCCACGAGGAGGGUCAGUACCAGCGCCAGGGUGAUGUAUCUUGCUCUCGGUGUCAACAAGACGACACCGUCUCCGAGGACAAGAAAGCGAAGACUUACACUGUUGGUCACCUCCGGGAGCACGUGGCGUCCGAUUUCCAUACCCCGUACAAGCAAUGGAUCCGGCGCGCCCACAACAACCGUGACGGCCGUUCCUACUACUGCCCUUAUUGCAUGCAGGUGCACCCUGAAGGAGACUCAACUUCCUUCAGCCAGCUCAAGUUUCUCCUACGCCACAUCCGAAAAUGCGACCUGAAUCGGAUCGCGGAUGCCCAUGAUUGGACGACGACCGAGUUCGCCAAAAAGCACGAGGAGCUCAAAAAGGCAGAUGGAUGGUACGAUGAUGAUUGGGAGGUCAACCAGUCCACAAAUAUUGAAAGAGGCACUUCCCGCCGGGCUAAGACUGUGCUCGCUGCGCGCAAGACCCGGGCCAAGAAGAAGCUCCCUGAGCCGAUCCCCAUCGCAGGGCACCUGGGACUGCUCUGGGCUGCGCCGGGCCAGAUCAAGGAAGAAGUCGGCAGCGGCGUCAUCUUCGCUCCCGCUCCGGGUGAGUCUGGUUUCAAGCCGACGAAUCCAAAGUCCAGCGGUCCCUAUCCCGGCGUUGUCUUCGGCCCCACACCUGGUGAGCCUGGUUUCAGGCCCACGUAUCCAAAGUCUGGUGGACCUUACCCCGGUACUAUCUUUGUGCCAUUCCCUGGGACCAAGGGCAACAUGCCGGGAGACGGUUAUCUGAUGUCCGAUUGGGUUAAGGGCGUGGGGCCGUCUGAUCUAGCCAUCGCUUUGGCUGUCCACCACGGACUGUAG